GGACGAGAAUUUUAUCAAAGACAGAGAACCUGAAUCCUGAAUCCUGAUUGUAAAAUAAUAAAUUGACAAACGAAAGAUAUAAUAGCGCAAUAAGGCAAAGUAGCAAAGAGAUAAUGAGUGAACAUCAAAGAUUACUGGAACACUUAGAAAAAGUUGAAGAUAAAGCUGGUGAAAUUCUCACUGAUCGCAAAGAAAUAAUCGCUCUGGAUAAAAGAAGAAACGACGAUCGCAUUGGAAUAAGAGCACUACAAAAACACUCACAUGAAAAAACAUGGAUAACAGUGGGUCCAUUGCUCUUAAAGAUGCCAUCUAAAGCAGCUGAAGAAUUGCUCGAAAAAGAUCAGAGAGAAUGUAGUACUGCAAUUAAUAAAUUAAGAAGUGAUUUAAAGAUAAAAGUAAAUGAAUUACGUGACUUAGAAUUGAUUCCACCAGUACCUGGAUUGAUGUUAGAACCUAUGUCUCAUAAAGAGAUGGAUGCAAUACAACAAGUUCUAGGUCGAAGUGUGUGAUAAACAUAUGUAAUAAAAUUUUCAUUUUGUUCAAGUAAGUGUCAAAGUAAAUAUGUUAACUUAUUAUAUUUGUUUAAU